AUGUACCACGUGCGUAUCUAUCUUAUUGCUAGAUAUGACCCUAACUCACGAACAUCCCUGACAGACCCGGACGGCAUUGGGACCAACCGAACUACCCAGAAAGUGACGGUUGAUCCUGACAGUCCUUGGUUCCCGUGGCCCGACAAAGAAACUUGUGUUAUUGAUAUUCUACGCCACGUACCACGCUCUGUGUUCUCUGAUAAAGAGAACGCUAUCAUUCACUGGGCCCUUCUUUCCCUGGGCGUCAAAAAUGUACCUUCCGAGCAUCAAAUGAAGGACGUUGGCGCGUUUAUUCAGAAGCUCUGUGGUAUACAGAGUAUUCGCCACAAAGGAUCUCUCGGCCAUGUUUACUAUACUAAUGACUUGGCAGCUAUUCUCGCACAGGAGAUGGCGAACCCAAACGUGCGUCCUCACCUCACCUUCCUCCCGGAAGAUGCAGGAAAGCAUCGAUCUCAGGUGUGGCAAGGCAAGCACUGGCUGCGCCAUAUGGACGCAGAUCUUCUAACUCCCAUGGUCCGCGAACACUCGCAAGACUUCUACAUUCUUGAACCAGCACUUGCAAUCGUCGGGUCACAGAGUCGGGUCCUUAUGCCUCAUCGGUGGUUCACCCGUGGUAACGAGAUCUGGGCACGCGCAUGGAUUAUGGAUGCACCAUCCUCUCGCCCAGGUUGGGUCGUUCUCGAGCACCAAGACAUUGAGCUUCCUCUGUCAAAUUUCGUCGUCUCCUUCCCAGAGUUUGUCAAGACAUAUGAAGCUCGAAGGCUUUCCGAUCCUCGCUCUAUCCUUGGUAUGUUUAUUGUAGCACACAUUCGCUGUUUGUCUGACACUGACCGCUCCUCUUUAGGUGUCCAACUUGAACCAGAGACGGUGGUCCAGUCUUGGAACAAAACUGACCCGAUGCUUGGGAAUCCAUGGCGUAAAAAGGCUCACAACCAUCGCGUACUCGCCCUUCCUCUAUGGUUGUAUUGUGACGACACUUCGGGUAACCAGUCCAAAAAGUGGAACAAGCAUAACUCAUGGCUAUUUACUCUUGGUGGGUUACCGCGACGCCUUCUCCACCAGGAGUAUAGUGUACACUUCCUCUCCACGUCCAACCUCGCACCGCCACUUGAGAUGCUGGAAGGAAUAGAGCAGCAGAUAAGUGAAUGCCAAUCGAGUGGCAUCUGGGUGUGGGAUUGUGUUCUACAGGAGUCGGUGCUCAUUAUCCCAUCGGCUUCCACGGUACUCUCAAUUCUUGGCGACAAUCCGAUGCAGAGCGAGAUGGCAUGUCACAUUGGAAUGAAUGGGAAGAUGUUUUGUAGGAUGUGUACCGUUGAGGGCGAUGAUAUUGAUGAGGACGACACAAAUGACCACCCAAGUCAUCCCCACCCAAACCCGGAUGGUUCUGCUUCGGAAGGCGAAGGAGCAGCUACCGACUCUUCUGCUCAAACCAACAAUGAUAUACCAAACCAGGCUGGACAACCGCCAAACAAGAAGAGAAAGAGGCGAACAAAGGGGAACGAGUCGAUGCAGGAGACGGUGGACAGGGUAACUCGCUUCAUGCGUACACCGCUGCCAAUACAUCAACGUACUCGUGCUAAAACGCUGCAAGAGCUUCGUGGACAGCUACAGACCGCUGAGAAUGUUGGGGGUUUCACUGCCAUCAAGAAUCGACGAACGAAUACCGGAGUCAAGGACACUCACCUUGAGUUCUUUAUGACUCAACUAACAGACAUUUCUAAGAGUCGCAAAAUCCCACGUAGCGAGAAGGAAGGACGAAUCAACACUCUUCUUGCAAGUUUCCCAGAUGACGACCACAAACUGAGCCCAGUGUGGCUCCUGAAAGGCGUUGACCCUCAUCGAGACACCCCCGUCGAAGUCCUUCAUGUGAUCCUGCUUGGAUUUGUGAAGUACUUCUGGCGAGACGCCAUUGCUCGUAUAUCUGCAACAGACAAGGAGAUGCUGAUUGCACGCCUCUCAUCUUUCGACACCAGUGGCUUGGAUAUCUCUCCUUUAUCAGGCCAUACACUGGUGAAAUAUGCUGGUUCUUUAACGGGUCGAGACUUCCGGGCUAUCGCACAAGCUGCACCAUUUGUUCUUCAUGAGCUGGGACUCCCCGACGAGAAGCUGAGAGCAUGGGCGGCGUUGAGCGUUCUUGUUUCCCUUGUGUGGACUCCGGAAAUUGACGAUAUCGAAACAUACCUUCCUCUCCUCCGAUCGUCCAUCGACUACUUCCUCGACUGUACCUGUGCACUUACAAUCCGGUGGUUCAAUAAACCGAAAUUUCACGUCGUUCUACACCUACCAGACCACAUCAAUAAUCUAGGACCUGCCAUGCUCUAUGCUACCGAGGGUUUCGAAUCGUUCAACGCGGUCAUCCGGUCACAUAGUAUCCACAGCAAUCGCCAUGCACCUUCACGCGAUAUUGCACGCGCCAUGGCACAAUGUAGUCGUGUACGCCACCUGCUCAGUGGCGGAUAUUUUUUGGAGCGUGGGAUUGACGAUCACCGAGCUGGUCGACGCGGGUCGAAGGAUACUCUCACUGAGGUGGCGGAGUCCGGUCGUUCACCAUGGUUAGACCAAUCCAAGGUGCCUUGGUCUGAUCCUAGUCUAUGGCGCAACAUCGGGCCUAGCCCACGCAAGCUCCUGGACAUCGACAACUUUGGUUCAAGAAUCCUUCACUUAGACCGGUUCAAUACCGAUUUUGGUAGCAAUCUGUACUCGAGGAAUGAAUCUGCUGUGAACACAAUCUCCCGCCUUGUUGCUGCUACAACUGUCAGGCUGGCGACUUGGGUUACUGCCGUCAACGGCGAUAGGGGUAAACUCGGGAGCUGGGUUCUAUGGUGGGAUACAGAGUCUGCUCAUACCCCUACCCGCCCCAACCUAGGCCGUGUCGUCGAAAUUGUUCAGAUCCAGGAGCAUUCCGAUGCAGUGUUAGGACAUUCUCAGCUUGUUGUAGUCGAUGAAGCACGCAUUGGUGAUCCGCACGAGCUCUACAACAUGCCGCAAGUGACGCUGCUUGGGAGGUUGAAGGCACUGGUGCCAAAGGAUCUUCUUGGCACGAUCAAUGUGCAACACAACUGCCGAGACCUCAAAUGUACCGUCACACGGACACGUCGAACUUACCAAGAGAAGGAGUUGGCCACCAAACUCGCCGAUGAGAUCACGCACCAGCCUAGUCAAGACUACUUGCUCAACACUUCUCAGAUGCGAAAUUCCUCGUUGGUCCAAUUCUUCCGAGCUCCCGCACCCACACUGGAUCGUAGGAAGAUCAUCCUUGACUCCGUCAAAGUCGAGAUUGAUGCAGCAAAACAACGCAAAAAAGCCCCUCCUGCUCCCAAGUCACGAGCACAACCUGCAAACACUCAAAAGACACCCACAGCAUCAUCAUCCUCUGCCAUACGACCCAUACAUCCACAUCCCGUGGCCUCUUCAUCUAGGCGACUCGCCAACGAACCGCUCCAUAAUACCCCCUUCGAUACGGACCAUCACCCUUUGCCACUAGAACCAAAUGUACCUCCGUAUGUUUUACCACCUCCUAUACUCGGACAUUUGCACUCUCAUCCACAGACUCAGCAUAUACAAAAUACACCUGGUGCUUCAACCACAUAUACCUAUCCUCAAUUUCGUCAGUUUGUACCGUUCACUCCGUCAUUAUUUAAUCCCCAGAACGGGAGACCAUAG